AUGUGCUUGUGGGAAGACACACAUAGCCCAUCCACACACGCGCUCUCACAUGUACACACCCCAGUGAGCAUGGGCCGCACCAUGGACUGUAGCCCAGGGAGGCCCCUUGGUCUUCACUGGAAUCAGCACGAAGACUUGUGUACGCACCUGGCAACCCAGCGCCCAGUGCCCUCCCGCGUGGACGCCUGUGCACCCCGCCCGCAGCCGCCCUUGCUCUGCUGCCUGCCACGUGCUCUGGCCUGGCCUGGGGAGGGGUCCUGGGAGGGAGGGAGAGCGGCCAAACUGCUCCCUCCUGUUCUUCGGCGUAUCCUUCUGACCCUCUGA